AUGGAGCAGCCGCCGGGGUUUGUUGACUCCUCCUUUCCGCAGCACGUCUGUCUUCUUCAGAAAGCGCUGUAUGGGCUGAAACAGGCACCACGUCAAUGGUUCUCUACCUUCUCCUCUUUCCUUCUUGAGCAAGGCUUCACUGUUAGCAAGGCUGACCCAUCUCUGUUUCUCUUUACUUGCACAAGUAUCCAUAUCUACAUCUUAAUAUAUGUUGAUGAUAUUCUAUUAACUGGCAAUAAUACGGAUGCAAUUGCUGAUCUUCUGCUCCGACUUCAACUUCGGUUCAAAGUUAAGGACUUGGGAAAUCUGUCUCAGUUCUUAGGGGUGCAGUUCGUCUUUUCUUCUCACGGUAUCUCUCUUCAUCAGCAGCACUAUGCAAAACUCAUUCUUCAACGAGCUGGGUUAGAGCAUUGUAAACCAGUGUCCUCUCCAUUACCUACAAAGUAUGCGACUUCCUCUACAGAUGCUUCAUUAUUUCCAGACGCUGCACUCUAUCGUCGACUUGCUGGGUCACUUCAGUAUCUGACUAUUACUAGACCAGAUCUCACCUUUGCUGUAAACUAUCUCUGUCAAUUCAUGCAUAAACCAUUGAUCUCUCACUAUCAGCUGCUUAAAAGAGUGCUUCGUUAUGUGAAAGGAUCAUUGGAUUUUUCACUACUCUACCGUCCCAGUUCCUUCGUCCUCACUGCCUAUUGUGAUUCGGACUGGGCUGGUGAUCCCUUUGAUCGCAGGUCCACGACUGGUUUCUGCGUCUUUCUCGGAGAUAAUCCCAUCUCCUGGUCCUCCAAGAAGCAACCUACGAUUGCCCGUUCAUCUACGGAGGCUGAAUACAGGGCGUUAGCCAUUACAUCUACUGAGAUCAUCUGGCUUCGCCGACUACUGAGUGAAUUCCACAUUUCUCCUACCACCCCCACUGCACUUUUGUGUGAUAAUGUUUCUGCCUUGGCACUGGCUGCUAAUCCGGUUUUUCACGCACGAACGAAGCAUAUAGAAAUUGACUAUCACUUCAUCAGGGAGAAGGUGAACUCUGGUGAAAUUAAACUCAGCCACAUCUCCUCUAUUGACCAACCAGCAGAUUUGUUUACCAAAGCUCACUCUUCUCAACGGCAUCAUCUCCUCUGUUCCAAGCUUCACGUUCUUGCGACCUCUCAGCUUGACGGGGGGUCUUGA